AUGGGAUUCGAGAUUGUGGACGAGUUUCGUCAACCAAACAAAUCGCAAAAGAAGAUUUGCAAAAGCAGAUCUAAGGUAAAAACAGCUUGUAAGACUUGCAAGAUACGAAAGGUGAAGUGCGAUGAAGGAAAGCCUGCUUGUCAGCGUUGCGUAUCAACGGGCCGAGUUUGUGAUGGAUAUGGAAUAUGGGGUGGGGGCGGCAAUAGUUACAACGAACGUUCUAUCGGUUGCAAAGAACGCAUCAGUCCACCCAACACCAUCCUGGCCACACCCAUGAUAACCCCACGAGCAAGCACACACGAGCAGGACUGCUUCGAAUGGUUCACGUGUCAGACCGUGAAGAAGUUUCCUGGGCUCUUCGGCUCUCCAUUUUGGGAGAUACUGGUAUGCCAAGCAAGUUCGUCCGAACCAGCGGUGUUGCAUGCGGUGCUAGCCUUCAGCUCUGCUCACAAGAAGGAGGGACUUGAUAGCAUUCGUCCAGGGAAAUCGCUUACGCUUCCGGAUACACUGGAGCAAUUCACUUUGCAACAAUACAGUCAUGCGAUCACCCACCUCCAGCCUCACUUCGCGACCAAAACCAAGGAUUCUGUUCGCGUGGCUCUUGUCACUUGCUUGAUCUUUAUCCACAUGGAAUUUCUUCGCGGGCAUUAUAGAACGGGUAAUUUCCAUCUACAAAACGGAUUGAAACUUCUUGCAGAGCUCCAAGGACAGCCGAACAAGGGGAAUGGUGUCGUCGACUUGAAACCUCCUCUGAACUUCGUGGAUAGCUGCCUUACCGACACGUUUAUUCGAUUGCAGUCUCAAGCGAUUCUUCUGGGACAAAAUUCCGGAGACUUGUAUCUGGUCCCACAUAUGGAUGCCGAGUCUUCAGACACGAUGUUCUAUUCCAUCACUGCUGCAAGACGAUCGUUGGAGCGCGUGCUUAACGAAAUAUAUUAUCUUACUGAGCAAUCUUCUCGAGAGCAGCAUUCUCAAACAGGGCUUACCUCAGAGGAACUUGUCGAAAGCCAACGCCACAUUCAACCUGAGUUACUGUGCUGGUUCAGCAAGUACCAAGUAACGCAGGCCAAGUUCUAUGAUCAAACGUCACUACGAGAAAAGUUUGCCUACAGAGUUCUUCAUCUGUACCAUACAAUGGCAACCAUCAUGGCCAACACUUGCAUCUCAUCAACUUCGCAAUCUACCUUCGACCCUCAACUGCACCACUUCAUCUCAAUAAUUACCCAGUACAUCGAAGUAUGGAAAAUCGUCAUGUCGAAUCCAAUAACUAUAAUAUUGCCUGCCCAUGGAUUAUCGACAGAGAUAUCAGACUCCGUUGCCGAGAUGGGAGGCGUCUUGCCUCUAUAUUACACCGCUCUCAAAUGCCGCAAUCAUAGAGUGAGACUUCAAGCUAUCAAGUUGAUGAGGUCCAUCCCGCACAAAGAAGGGAUGUGGGAUGUGAAGAUAGCAGCAACGAUCGCAACACAAGUGAUGGAGAUUGAAGAGGGAGAUUUCUACAAGAAUAUCGAGAUCGAUGACAAUUUUGCUCUUAGCAGUCUGCCCAUGGAACAAGAUCUCGUACUGCCAGUAUUGCCGGAGUUGUAUAGGUUGCAUGAGGUGCAAGUUGUGCUACCAGACAGCGAUUCGGAGAAGGUUGCGUUGAUCUGCAGGCGAAAGUUGAAGAACGGUGAGUGGGAGAUAAUCACAAGGGAAUGUGAGGUGCUUCCUUUGGCUCGAGUAAAGAAGCCAGGACGGCCGAUCUAAAAGACUCUUUAUAGUUAACUUACGUGACUGACCUACAUCAUUCAAGUUUUUCCAACCUGGAAGUCCUCACUUGACUAAGAGACUUUCCCUGCCAG